UUCACCUCCCUUCAGUGAAACCACUGCCUCAUCCUUCACCCAGACUGCACAGCUCCAUUCGUGUUGACUGGCCAGAGUCCACGGAUACAGGCCUGCACCUCUCACCCCCUCCCUUCCACGACCACGAACUCAACCGGAUCACAUAUAUAGAGGACAGCAGGACAUCUACAGACCUGUUGUGACAGCAGCUACAUUCCAGCAGCCUCUCCUGCCUCUGUACAGACAUGUCACUCUACAGUUUUGGCCUGGAGCCACUCUCCUGCCACGCCUGGAACAAAGACAGGACACAGAUUGCAGUUAGUCCGAACAACAAUGUGGUGAACGUCUAUGAGAAGAAAGGCAAAGACUGGGUCAAGAUCCACGAGCUGACUGAGCACAGUGGACGAAUCACAGGCAUUGACUGGGCCCCACAGUCCAAUCGCAUUGUGACUUGCGCCUCUGACCGCAAUGCCUAUGUAUGGACCCUGAAGGAUGGUGUAUGGAAGCCCACGCUUGUCCUGGUGCGCAUCAACCGCGCAGCCACUUGUGUCAAGUGGUCACCACAGGAGAACAAAUUCGCCCUGGGUAGCGGAGCUCGUCUCAUAUCUGUCUGUUACUUUGAGAAGGAGAACGACUGGUGGCUGAGUAAGCACAUCAAAAAGUCUGUUCGCUCCACAGUCCUGAGUCUGGACUGGCAUCCAAACAACAUCCUACUGGCAGCUGGGUCUGCAGAUUUCCACUGCAGGAUUUUCUCAGCCUACAUCAAGGACAUUGAGGACAAGCCUGGACCCACUGCCUGGGGAGCCAAAAUGCCUUUUGGGGAGAUGCUGCUGGAGCAUAAAGAAUGCGACGGCUGGGUGCACAGUGUCUCCUUCUCCCCCAGCGGAGACCAGCUGGCCUGGGUGGCCCACAACAGCAGCGUCACUGUGGCUGAUGCUGCCCAGGGGAAAAAGGUAACCCAGCUGACCACAAACCAUCUGCCGCUACUGAGCGUCCUCUAUGUCAGCCCCACUGAGAUUGUUGCUGCGGGUCAUGACUGUUGCCCCUACCAGUUCACUUACAAGGGUCCAGGCACCCUGGAGUUUGUGAAGAAGCUGGACAUCCCCAAGCAGACCUCAAAGGGGAGCAUGUCAGCCAUGCAACAUUUCCGCAACCUGGACAAGAAGGCCACUGAGGAAGACAGCAAUGAACUGGGAACCCUUCACCAGAAUAGCAUCACGCAGCUGCGUGUUGUAUCUGGGGACAGAGCCAAAGUGGACAAGUACAGCAGUGUGGGUCUGGAUGGAGCCAUGAUCAUCUGGGAUUUUAAGCACUGAGACUCCACAGGCUGUCGGUCCUCGAGGAUUCAGAUGCUGAACUGACAACUCAUGCGUGUAUCAAUCACUCUUCUGUGGAAUAAAGCCACGUGCCUAAGUAUGGAGCCAAUGAUGUGUUUUUUGAGUAACUGGAAAACAAUGUCAGCAUGUGUGUUUUGUUCUAUUUGUCAGGAGAGAAUUAUUUUGAAUAAAAAGGAUAUUUACAGGA